UAACAGGAAGUACAUCGAGUAGCUUGGUGAAAAUACUUUCCCUUUGAUACAAUGAGUCGGCGAGCGUAACACAGAAUUUUUACAUUUGUGGCGUGCCAAAAAUGAGGUUGACGAUAUAUUCAUAAUUGUGUAAAUACCGGACUUUGCCAGUAUGGCCAACACUGUUGUGGUCACUAUUUUUUCCAUCAUUUUCUUGGCUCUGGAGAUACACUGCCAGGAGGCGGUUUUGCACGUUUCAGAUGGAUCUACAAAUAAAGAAUACUGCCUUGUUUACAAUUCCACCUGGAGUAAUUUGUCAGUGGAACUCAGCAUUGCUAUGCAGUACCCACUGGUGAAUCUGACAUCUAACCUGCUGUGCAGUGGCUCAGGGCUCAGUCCAGCAGAGAUGAAGGGCAAGGUUCUGGUGGUGAUGAGAGGGGAGUGUGUCUUCACCCAGAAAGCUCUGAUUGCCCAGGGCUUAGGAGCUGCUGGUCUGCUCAUUGCCAGCACAGAAAAUAUGUAUCCCCCAUCUUCCAAUGAUUCCGAGUAUGAGAAGGUCCAUAUUCCCGUGGCGCUCAUGAGAUACAGGGACUUCCUGGACGCACACAAGGUGUUUGGUGAUAGGAUGCAGGUGAAGAUGUAUGCCCCACAGGCUGCCAUAUUUGAUGUCAGUAUCAUAGUGAUGCUGGUAAUUGGUGUUUUCACAGUCACCAUGGGAGGUUAUUGGAGUGGAGCUUCUGAGAGAGAACGAGUGAGUCGAGGUCCUUCCCUCGGUGGCGGAGAUGAGGACAAGACCGACAGUGGAGACCUGAGUCUGUACUCUCCUCUCAAAGUGGUCAUUUUUGUGGCUCUGAUGUGUGUGAUGCUCGUCCUCAUGUACUACUUCUACAAGUGGCUUGUGUACCUCAUCAUCGCCAUAUUCUGCCUGGCCUCUGCCACCGCCCUGUUCAGCUGUCUUGAUGCCGUGAUGGACAAAAUAGGAUGUGGCACUCUGAGUUUCUCAGUCAAGGGUCAAAGUCUGUCUCUGAGGUCUCUGGUCCUGGCAUCCGUGUGCAUCGCUGUAGCUGUGGUCUGGGCCGUGUACAGGAAUGAGGACAGAUGGAUUUGGAUCCUGCAAGAUCUCCUGGGCAUCGUAUUCUGUUUGAACUUCAUGAAGACCAUUACUUUGUCGAACUUCAAGAUCUGUGUGAUUCUGUUGGGCCUCCUACUGGUCUAUGAUGUGUUCUUUGUCUUCAUUACACCUUUCUUCACUCCGAAUGGAGAGAGCAUCAUGGUGCAAGUAGCACUUGGCCCAGAUGCAGCUGGGGAGAAGAGUAACAUUGUGGAGGUCCCUGCUGAUCCCAACACUUCCUCUGAGAAACUUCCAUUGGUCAUGCGCGUGCCACGGAUCUCGUCCUGGGCUCAGAACGUGUGUGGGAUGCAGUUCUCUAUCCUGGGCUACGGAGACAUAAUUGUUCCAGGUCUACUCGUGGCCUAUUGCAGCAGGUUUGAUGUGUGGACCAAUAGCCCUAAGAAGAUCUACUUUGUCUCCUGCUGCAUCGCCUACCUGUGUGGCAUGGUGGUAACAUUUGCAGUGAUGCUGACGACAAAGAUGGGCCAGCCCGCUCUGCUGUACCUGGUGCCCUUCACUCUGGCGUCCUCUGCCCUACUGGCAUGGCAGAGGGGAGAGUUCAGACAUUUCUGGUCUGGGACCACUUACGAGGUGUUGGACUCUUCCAGGGAGCCUUUACUGACAGAGGGAGCAACUGACAAUUCUACAGGAGAACGGAAAUGUUGACUGCAGCUGAUAAACAAUAAACCAACCACUGGAGUUAUUUUUGUCAUUGAAAUUGAGCAUCGGCUGACAUCAAUGUAAGGGAAAUAUUAAUUAAUGGAUCAGGAAACAUUUAUACAUCAGUGUGUGAAUAUAAUGGGGGAGAUGAUAAGUGGGCAUGCUUGGUUGUCAGUUGAUCCUAAUCCAGAUACUUAGUUUGGAAGGCUUGCUUGUACUUGGAAAAUAAAAUGUUAAAAUGGUUACUUUCUGUAUGGUUGAAACUUUGAGGACACAAUAAUGCUUUUAUAUUACCUUGGUGAUGGGCACAACCUAUAGAUAGACAGCACUUUAGUACUAAUCUUGACAGUUAUUUGGGUUUAGGGCGUUGAAAUCAGAAAAAUACGAAUGAAAGAUAUGCUUUUGAUAACUUGUUAUGGGGUAUUUUUUGUACUAUAUGAUUUUGAACACAAUUAUGUACUUGAUUGCCUUUUUUUGCCUUACAUUAAAACUUUCUGCUGA